AAUAAUUAAAUUAACAUUUUUAUCUUGGAAAAUAACAUAAAUAUUUUGGUCUGUGGCAUUUAACAUAAAUCUCUCUUAAUUUUUGAUGUAUCUAUUUUUAUGCUCUCGUUUCUGUUAUUGCUUAUUUUGAUUAUUGGUGCUUGUUAAACAAUUUGUGCAACACUAUCAUCCGUGAACUAUAGCUCGACGUUAAUCGCGCGUCAGCUCAUUACGAAGAAAUCCAUGAAAAUAUAUUAUAAAUGCCGUUCAAGCUGAGUGCACUCGCGUCGCCCACGCAGCAGUAGCACUCUGCGAAAGUGCAUCGUGCUGGAGCUGCGGAUUCGCACCGUAACGUAUCAAGCAUUGUGAAUGGUGGUGCGACCUUGCGGUUGAAACGUAAAGUGCUAAAUCGGCGAAAGAUCGUGCAGCCAUGGAUAAACUGACGUAAACGUGCACCACGUGCACAUGUUGCAAUCAUACGGCGCCUUUCCGCAGAAGGUGGAGAGGCCCUUGGCGUCGCAUAGUAAUACGGCCGCAAGUCAAGUCCACGGCAACAACAUGCACGGUGCAUACACGUCGUCCGGCAAUCAGACAUCCCUGUCGACGACGUCCUACAUCACCGGGCAGUCCUACAUGCAGAGUCAGAAUUACGCGCACGGGCCGCCGUAUCCUUCCGCGAGCGUGCAGAUCUAUCCGCACAACGCGACGGGCUACUCGCAGCCGCAGAGCUAUGGCGCUAUGGUACAGGGCUUUGGCGGGCAACCGCAGUCCGCUGGGUAUCAGCAGAACCACCUUAAGAAGGGAUCGGUCCGUAACGGCGACGUGCUCAAACGAUGUCGGCUGCAGACCGCAUACGAGUUGUCGCAGGAUCUGCUCGACAAGCAGAUCGAAAUGCUGGAGCGGAAGUACGGCGGCGUGAAGGCGAGAAACGCGGCGUUGACGAUCCAACGCGCCUUCCGGAGGUACACGUUGCUGAAGAAGUUCGCGGCGAUCACGGCGAUGGCCAAGGCGGAGAAGCGAUUGAGCCGGAAGCUCCAAGAGGCGGCGACGGAUCGCUCGGGCAACCUCAACGACCACGAGAGAAUGGUUUAUCAUAGUCAGAUAUACAUUCAGCAGGCGCAGUCCGCCAACAGACCGAUACCGAUUCGGAGUAUGUCUCUGCGGGAGAGGCGGCACGUGGACAAUUCCCAAUUGCCGAUACCGAGGAGUCAGAGUGGCAGAUGCGAGAUUCAAGUCAGCGGUCAUCAACACACAAACCACAGCUUGCACCAGAGCGGCAGGCACACGCCCUCGUUGGCGCCUAGUCCGUGUAAUCGACAUCAGCAAUUACCACCGAGUCCCUGCUGGGAAUCGAGCUCUCAGGAGAGCGGCUCUAGCAUCCAUUAUUACAAUCCACAGGAAGCUCUGUGCGGCUUGAGACAAGAGACAUCACCGAGGGACCUGCUGCGAACGCCGUGCACAUCGCCGUCGACGCCGCAUAAUCUGCAGACGACGAUAUCGCAAAAUUGGAACAACGCCAGUCAGCUGAGUGCCGGCAGAACGAGAGGUUCCGCCGGCAAGAAGGUGCCGCCGGAAGUGCCGAAGAGAACAUCCUCCAUCACGUCCAGAUCCAUGGAACCGCGUCACAACGGUCUCAGUAAGAGUGUGGAAAAUGGAAGCCUAAGUUCGGUGCAGAGUUCCGGCAGCGAUUCCACCAACUGCGAGAGCUCCGAGGGUGAUGCUCAGAGAGGCUCGCCGGUCUGGAAGAACAAGGGAAUCUCGAGUUCGCCGGAGCAUCAGGAAUGUGCGAGUCAUACCACGGAUGCGACGGCGAUGGCAGCCAACGUAAAGGAGCUCGGCCACUCGCACGCCAGCUCCGGUUAUCAACUUCCUCUGAUGGAUCACACGGAGAGCCUGCCAAGCCAAACGAGUUACAAGGUUUCCGAGACGGUGAGGAAGCGCCAGUACAGGGUCGGCCUAAAUCUUUUCAACAAGAAACCGGAAAGGGGGAUCAGUUACCUCAUUAGACGCGGAUUUUUGGAGAACAGUCCGCAGGGGGUCGCGAGAUUCUUGAUCAGCCGGAAAGGAUUGUCCAAACAGAUGAUAGGGGAGUACCUCGGGAAUUUGCAGAACACUUUCAAUAUGGCGGUGCUUGAGUGUUUCUCUCAAGAGUUGGAUCUCUCUGGGAUGCAAGUAGACGUUGCGUUACGAAAGUUUCAAGCCUACUUCAGGAUGCCCGGCGAGGCGCAGAAGAUCGAACGACUGAUGGAGGUCUUCAGUCAACGUUACUGUCAAUGCAAUCCCGACGUGAUAUCGAGGCUGCGCUCGGCAGAUACCGUUUUUGUUCUGGCCUUUGCCAUUAUCAUGCUUAACACGGAUUUGCACACGCCCAACUUGAAACCCGAGCGCAGGAUGAGACUUGAGGAUUUCAUAAAGAAUCUUCGAGGUAUCGACGACUGCGGUGACAUAGACAAAGAUAUUCUCGUCGGCAUUUACGAAAGGGUGAAGGAUAACGAGUUUAAGCCGGGUUCCGACCAUGUGUCCCAAGUAAUGAAGGUUCAGGCGACGAUCGUUGGAAAGAAGCCAAACAUGGCCCUGCCACAUCGAAGAUUGGUGUGUUACUGCAGACUCUACGAGAUACCAGACAUACACAAGAAGGAGAGACCCGGCGUUCAUCAAAGAGAAGUUUUCCUCUUCAACGACUUGCUCGUCGUCACGAAGAUCUUGAGCAAGAAGAAGAACAGCGUAACUUACACUUUCAGGCAGAGCUUUCCACUUUGCGGCAUGGUAGUUACUCUAUUCGAGGCUCCUCAUUAUCCAUACGGCAUAAGGCUCUCUCAGCGUGUCGACGGAAAGGUUCUAGUCACAUUUAACGCUCGAAACGAGCACGACAGAUGUAAGUUCGUAGAGGACUUGAGGGAGUCUAUCAGCGAGAUGGACGAGAUGGAAACCUUACGCAUCGAGACCGAGUUGGAGAGGCAGAAGAGCAGCAGGGGCGCGCGUGGUGGUGCGGAAAAUAGGGACUCCGGCGUCGCUGACGUAGAGAUAUGCCCGUGCCCUGGGACUUGCUCGGACAGAGCAGAGGCGGUCGAUGUCGACACGCAAUUGAAACGUUCCGCCCUUAGUAAUUCCCUCUUGGACAUACACGAGCAGUUUGCCGGUGAGAAGCCGCAGCGUCGUGGAAGUGUGGGUUCCCUCGACAGCGGUAUGUCUAUUUCAUUUCAAUCUACUUCUGCCAGCUCAAUGAGCCAAGGCAUUAAGCACCCUGGACAAGUUCAUCCUAUUCAUCCAGGGAUUCCUGGUGUCGGUGGUAAGGGGCUGGCUCAGCAGCCGUCUUUUUUAGGAGGCCUCUUUGCCAAACGAGAGCGAAAGCUAUCGCAAUCUGAGGAGUCCGGCCCUUACAGUCGCACUACGGAAGUGUAACGUACUCUUCCAGUCUAACGUUAGAUAAGGCACACCUUUGUAUACCCUUUGUUUUCUUCUAGUACGCUUCGUGUUUCUAACUAAGGUAAUAGCGUCACGGCGUAACGAUGACGAGGAUUUUAAAUAGCAAUAAUCCACUCGUGAUUCUAUUCGUGUUAGUGAAAUUAUGGAUGUCACUUCUCCCGUCUGGGAUCUCUCGCCAUACACGGUUCUCUCUCGAACUUCAGAAUGAAAGUGAAAGCGCAUUUGAUGCAAGCAGCAAGACUGCCGCAAACCACUCUAAUAACGUACGUAAUAGCGUAAUGUUUUUUAUAUAUAAAUAUUAUACCACGAAGCGUGCUGAAGAAUGAGGCAAUUGACGACGGAUAAAAUUAGAGGAAGUUCCCAAGGGAGUGUAGAUUCGAAGGAGAUUGGGCGGGAUCCAAUCAAAAAAAAAAAAGAAAAGAAGUUUACAUCUCUGGUAUAUUUAAAACGAAAAGUUCUGAUCCAUUUCCUCCUCCCCCUCCCGAAACGUGUAUAGUAUUUAUUCAUUUAAAAGGAACCUAAUGGACACACUUUUCAUACUGUAUUUAUAAUUUGCGAGAUGCGAUUGAACGAUAGAAUUGUGUGUAGAUAAUUAUUACGGAUUUUUUGUUUAGUUUUACAUUAUGAAUGGACGUUGAUAAGUAGUAGAACCUAACGAACAGACCUAUAGUAAGUCACGAGAAUACAAGAUGUCGAGGAAGCUGUCGGCAGCUUCAUUUCAGCUAUCCAACGGUUAUCAUUAUCGAAAUCGAUCAUUUGUAAAUAGUAGACGUAUAUAAUAUCCGAAGUUAUCACGCGUAACAAAAGAGAGCUAGCGUAAGAAAAACGAUAAGCAAUCUCUAUCGAUGUUAGGUGCAUGUUGAUGUCUUAACGAUUUUUAAUAUCGGAAACGUGAAGUUUGAAUGUAGCAAUGAAACAUAAGACUUAACAUAAAUCGUGUUUGUCAUUAUAGCGACCUAUUGAUAAUAAUCAUCCACGAGAAGUAGUUUCGCUUAUUGUAUGUUGAAAUUUUGACUCAAAGUUGUUCAAAUUUUCACUAAGAGAAAGAAAAAAGGUAAAAUCAGUAUGUUAAAUAUAUCCGCGAUUAAUUCGUUUCUCGUCUUCCGCGGCGAACAGACGACGAGUCUGCGUAGAUCCAAACGUCGUAAUAGUGUUGUCACGCGGCUAAACACACUAAGUAUUAAGCUAAGAUACAUACGCGAAACAAGAAAAAAAAAGAAACAUGAGAACGCGCAUGCCUUAAAUACUGCCACGAUAAAACGUCUCGCGCGGUCGAGAAACGAACUAACGAAAAUCGUACGUAGAGAACGAUCGGAAGUUCUCCAGGAGCUGUGGAAUUGUGUGACGAAUUAAUGGAUCAUGUACAUAGCGCUGAUUGCAACGUCAGCUAGCUGUAAACAAGCAACGGCGUUCACUAAUUUAACGAUAACGUACCGUUAAAAUAAUGCAUCUAUUUAGGAGGAGUGUUUAAUAUAUAUUUAUUUUAAGUUUUAUUUUUACUUUACUUUCUUUAUCUUGCGCUGUCUCUUCUUCUUAAUACCGAGAGUUUCAAUCAAGUGAUAACCAAAGGAUUUCAGUAAUAUACGAAGGAGAGAGACGCUAUCGAUUGGUGGACCGCAUUUGUUCAUUCGAUGAAUUUUGUAGAAUUAUCGUUAGUUUAAAUUUUAGAUCUGUAUACAUUGACAAGGCACAAGAUGCGAUCGAUCAUAAGAUAUCUAUACGUACAAAGCAUUUUCGCGUAAUUGUGAACAUCGGAAUUUUGCGAAUAGAGAUCUGGCACGCGAGCAAUCAUCAUGGAAUUCAUCGUAGAGAUAAGAGUGCGUUGCGCUGACAAAUUUUUAUACAUAUUGCAUGAUCGACUACGUCUUAACUUUGUGCUUAUCAUGUCUGCUAAUAUUGUUAUGAAUUGACUCUUUAUACGAACAACAAUUGUACUACUAAUGCACUUUAUAACGUUGUAAACGAUGGAAUGUUGAACACUCCGAUCUAUUUAUAAUUCUAAUAAAAAAAAAAGAAAGAAAAUGCAAAUGACGUAAUUGUUGAAAUAUUGUCGACGGACAAUACGUAUUUGUGGCUUGUUGACAAUACAUUUCGUUUACAGGAAAGGAAAUGAAAGCAGAGGGACAUGUUUUGCGCUUCAGGUGCCUGUCGCGAAUUUUCAUGAUAUUAACAAGCUACAACUCAUUGAUAUUAAUUCUAGUCUUUCUCAUCGAUAUAACGUAUGCAACACGCUCUUGUACAAAAUUGUGGGAUUGAUUCGCAAAAGUAAUUCUAAAUUUUAGUUAUACAAAUAUACAAUAAUCGACACGUAGAUGCAGUGCUAAUAUCAAGUGCUAAGUUAAGUUCUCUGAAUAAGAUCGUGUCAAUUUCUGCAAUAGUUACUCAUUUAAGUAAUUCGAAUUCUUGCAAUAAUAAACGAGGUUGAUCUCGCGCGAAAGACUGACUUAAAGAUUCUAAAACAAACUUUAUGAUAUGUAUUUUCCAUCUCUCUCUCUCUCUUUUAUUAUGGCAGAAUCAUUUUAUUGAACGAUGAAAGAGCAAUGAACGUUGCCUCAUUGCCUUUUGAACUUGACAUUUUAUCGCUAUUAGUCAUCAUUAAUAUUAAAACGUAAAUUAUGACCGAUCGAAUAUCAGUGAAUAACGAAUUUCGCUGAAUUGAUGCGAUCUUCAAAAUUCCGCUAAACCCGCCGCAGCAUUAUCCGAUUUGCUUUCCAAUUUGAUGAGAAAGUGCGUAUCCAUAUAAAUAAGAUCAGUUUCCACAAUGCCAAAUUAGUAAAUUCCUCCCUCGUUAGUCUAAUGAAUCUUGUAAACACACUGUGUUAAUAAAUAACUCUGAGUCUGAAAUGCA